AGUGAUAUUCGAUUGUAAAACGACCUUUGUGAAGGCUCAGUGUGCAUGCGCUACGUGCACUCAAUCGAGAAAGUGGUAUUGCUUUAUCUGAGGCAUAUGACGGAUGUAACAAGUUUUAAUUUUAACUUAGAUAAAAUUUGGCAGCAAGAAUUAGCCAGAUGAAGAUAAUGUCAGAUGAUGAUACUGCAUUGGACUCAAUGGAUACAGACGAAGAAAUUUUUAGUGCUAGAAGUCGCAGCCUUGGCUCUAAACCUAGGAGGGUCAAUAGUUUACGUACUUUACGAUCACAUUCAAACUCGAAUUCUCAUAAAUCUAGGAGUAAUUUAAGUGUACGUCGCAGUACACGUAAUAGAAUGCAAACGUAUGAUAAUCUUAACACUAGCUGGAUUUUAGGAACGCAAACGUUAAAAGGUUAUCCUAUGUUUCAACAACAUGGUUCUUCAUCUGAUAAAGAGAUGGUGGACGAAGUUCCCGAAAGAAAGCGUGAUCUCAAGGAACGUAUGCCCCUUCGAUCACGUGAGAAUCAUCCUCCUAAUAAGAAUUCACCAAGGCAUAUUAGAGAAAGGCCAGAACACGAUCGACAAAAUAGUAGGGAACGUAGAAGCAGGGGUGAUCGUGAUCUUAGAGAAAAGACAGAACAGGAAAAAGAUAUUAGAGACUUGAAAGACAGACAAGAACGAGAAAGAACGGAGAGAGAACAUAAGGACAAAAUGGGUACCAGAAGUAAAUCGAAUGAGGAAAAAGAUGUGAGAACAAGAAAAUCUGAUAGUCCAAGUAGACUUAGAGAAGGACCUGUGACACGACUUGGUGGUAAUUUAGUUGAAAAAGAUGAAAAGCCUAAAGUAGAGCAAGACGAAGCAGACGAAGACAGCUCUCAAGAAAGUGAAAAAGCAGAAAAUAAUGAUAAUUCUGAAAAUGAAGAUGGAUACGAAGAUAUGUACACACGUGUUAAACGAACUAGGAGGGCAGCACAGCAACAAUUGCCAAGGGUGGUAGAUAGUGAUUUAAGUGAAUCUUCUGAUUCUCCUGGUCCUAGAAAAUAUAGUUUACGUCAAAAAAAACCAGCUGUAGAUAGAUUUCAAGCCAAUGUAGAACCAGUUCGACGAUCUAUAAAAGUAUUUAGAAGUGUUCUUAGUAAUUCCAUGAGAAGACGUAAACAUAGAAGUAAAAGUACAAGCUCUAGUGAUUCCAGUGAUUCAGAACCUCAGCGGUAUGAUAAGAAAAAAAACAAGAAGUCAAGGCAAUCGGUAAUACCUCAAGGUGGACCACCUGAUCGCAAAGCAGAUAUAAACCCAAUCACUUUAGAUACCAACAUUAGAUUCAACGAUGUUGGAGGUUUAGAGUCACACAUUCACUGCCUUAAAGAAAUGGUUGUUUUCCCUAUGAUGUAUCCAGACGUAUUUGAACGUUACUACAUUACUCCACCAAAAGGAGUACUGUUUCAUGGUCCACCAGGAACUGGUAAGACAUUAAUAGCUAGAGCACUGGCAAAUGAGUGUAGUCAAGGCAGUAGAAAAAUGGCAUUCUUUAUGAGGAAAGGUGCGGAUUGUCUAUCCAAAUGGGUUGGAGAAUCAGAACGCCAGUUACGAUUAUUGUUUGAGCAGGCUCAACAAAUGAAACCGUCCAUAAUAUUUUUUGAUGAAAUAGAUGGCCUCGCACCUGUUAGAAGUACGAAACAGGAUCAGAUUCAUGCCAGUAUCGUGUCUACUCUUCUGGCGCUCAUGGAUGGCCUCAGUGAUAGAGGAGAGGUUAUUGUUAUUGGAGCAACCAAUAGAAUAGAUGCUAUUGAUCCAGCUUUACGGAGACCUGGUCGUUUUGAUCGAGAAUUAUACUUCCCCUUGCCUGCUAUGAAAGAAAGACUAGAAAUAUUAAAAAUCCAUGUCAGUAAAUGGAAAAAUCCUCCAUCAGAUCAACUGUUAGAAAUAUUAGCUGAAAAGGCAACGGGUUACUGUGGUUCAGAUUUGAGAGCUUUGUGUACUGAAGCAGUGUUACAAGGAUUGAGAAGAACAUAUCCCCAAAUAUAUAUAACAAAUAAUCGGUUGCUUCUGGAUCCUGAACGUGUUGAAGUAAAAAAACGAGAUUUCUUACAAGCAAGUUCUAUGCUUGUACCGUCAUCGCAAAGAGUAUCACCUUGUGCUCGAAGAAAGGUACAACCUUUUAUGGAACCACUAUUAGGACCUCCACUGGAAGAGUUAACUAGUUCCAUAAGAGGAGUAUUUCCUCAAGGAACUAGUGCUGCUAUGGCAAAAGUAAAAAUUACCAAAGGUAUACAUCGUCCAAGACUGUUAAUUUCUGGAGGAAAUCUGUCUGAAGGUCAAGGACCACAUUUAGCACAAGCAUUACUAUAUUAUAUGGAACAUCUACCUGUUCAAACAUUAGACGUUAGCACUCUUUUCGCAGAAAGUGGACGAUCUCCAGAAGAAACUUGUGUUCAGGUAUUUAACGAAGCUGCCAGGAAUGUACCGUCCAUAAUUUAUAUUCGGUCGAUUGAUCAAUGGUGGCCACUUGUACCUGAAACUGUGAAAGCGGUUUUUUUGUGUCGUAUAGCAGCACUUGAUCCCUCAUUACCUAUUCUAAUUCUAGCUACAAGUGAUACAACGUAUCAAGAUCUCUCUAACCAACUACGAAGUCUCUUUAGCGAGCUUCGAGGAGAAGUCUAUUCGAUGAAAACGCCAACAGCAGAGCAAAGAUCGAAAUUCUUCAGACCUAUUUUCAUGCUUCAGAGCUUAAAACCGCCAAAAAUAAAGGACAAUAAAGUUGAGGUUUUAGAAGAACUACCUUUAGCACCAGAUCCUAUGCCAAAGAAAUUAACAGAAGAAGAGAAAAAAGUAAUGUACGAAAAGGAAGAAGUUUCAUUAAGAGAAUUAAGAAUCUUUUUGAGGGAGAUUUGUGCAAAGCUUGCGAGGAAUAGGCAAUUUUUUAUGUUCACAAAACCAGUGGACACAGAAGAAGUACCAGAUUAUAACAUAAUUAUAAAACAGCCUAUGGAUUUAGAAACAAUGAUGACAAAGAUCGAUAUGCACUGUUAUCUUUGUGCUAGAGAUUUUCUCGAUGAUAUUGAUCUGAUUUGUAAAAACGCAUUGGAGUAUAAUCCUGAUAGCUUACGUGAUAGGCCUUCGCUUGGAAUAUUGAAGAGAGAUCCAGCUGACAAAUUGAUAAGACACCGUGCAUGUUCUCUUCGUGACAAUGCAUACGCGUUAAUAAAGGCAGAAUUAGAUUCCGAUUUUGAAGACAAGUGCCGUGAGAUUUCGAAAAAUCGAAAAAUUAUUGAAUAUACGGGUCACAGAAAACAUGAUACAGAAAACAAACAGCAAUCAAAAUCAGAGCAAUUCGUUUCUGCAAUCGAACGAACAGAUAAAAAAGAUGGUGGAAGUCCUAGUCAUUCUCCUGUUGUGAAUGGGAAGAGAUACAGUAGUUCUAGAAAACGUAAAAUACCGGCCUGGGCAAGAGGCUACGUAAAAAAGGUUCAGAAAAAGAAAAAAAUUGUUUUCGAUGAAAAUGUUACUGUUUCUGGUAACAAGAUCUGUGUGACCAAUGAAACUACUAGCAUCGAUUUAGAAAAAUUCCAAGAAUUUGAAACUGAAGCAAACAGUGUUUUGAAUGGACAUAUACCUUUAUUUGAUAACUCUGAUACGGAGAAUGAUUCACAAAAUGAAAAUUCGAAAGAUGUACAAGGGAUGCAAAGCAGCAGUGUAACUGAACAACAUAUCGAGGAAGUUGAUAGUAUGGAUAUAACUCUUGUAGAUGAGGACAAAAAUGAUAAAACUGUGGACAACGAUGGAUCUAAUUCCUCAUCUAGGCGAGAAAGCAUGGACGAAUUAUCAUUUGCUAUCGAGCGAGAUUCUAGUCCAGCCAAAUUCGAGGAAAAUGAGAAACUGAUUGUAGAUAAAUAUGAAUUGGAAUGUUCGUGGCAACAUACAGUUGAUGUUACAAAAGAUUUUCCUGUGGAAGUAUUGUGUGACAUUUAUGUGCAACUGAGUCGAUGUGUAGGAAAAUAUGCUCAGAGCUAUGAUAGAAAAUUACUGCCAAAGGACUUGCUCAAGGAGGUGAAACGAUUUGAAGAAUUCAAGACAACAUAUGACAGAGUACAUCAUGUCGCCAAUCAAACGCAAACGGACAUGCUAUAA